CCUCAGGCCAGGGACACGUCCGCGGCGCGCGGAGCGGCCGGGGGCUGUCGAGCCAGGUUGGAGGCAUCUGAGGCUCCUCAGGUCCCGAACUGCGGGCUGGGAGGAGGUGAGAUCACUGGCCGGGCUCUGACCAUCUUCCUGGACCGCAGAGGCUUCGACCCCCAACGCCGGGACUCUCCCCUUAGCCCCGUGGCCCCCAGGAUGCAGCCCCAGGAGAGCAGCAUCCAGUACAGUAGGUGGGAGGACAGCAGCCGGGAUGAAGUCAGCGUGGCCAGCGGGCCCGGCGCACAGGAGGCCUCGGGCUGUAAGAGGGUCUCCCGGAAGCUGUGCUCGGGCAAGCUGGGCAUCUCCUUGAAGGUGCUGGGUGGAGUGGCCCUCUUCUGGGUCGUGUUCACCCUGGGCUACAUCACCGGCUACUUCGUGCACAAGUGCAAAUGAACGCUGCCCAGAGCAUGCGCCCAGGGGCAUGGGCUCGGAGGGACACCCCGUGUGCGAGAACCCCUCUGUGUACACGGACCCACCAGUCUACACGGACCUUAGUGUACACAGCCUCCCAUAUACACAGACCCUCCUCUCUAUACACAGGCUCCCCUCUGUGUACACAGCCCCUCACCAUGCACACAGACACUCUCCCCCCGACCAGUGCACAGACUCCAGGGGCACAGGGGGCACACAUAUUGGCCUCAAGCUCACGGGGACACCACUGUGCACAGCUGUCACAGGCAUCCACAGGCGUACAGCCAAACAGGGACACGGGUACACAAGGACACACACGUGCACACCUGGCACACAGAGCCACCCAGGGGCCCACGUGGCUGGGAGACCGGGCCCAGCCUGAGCUGGGGCUGCAGGAUACACCCAGGCUAGGCCCUCAGUCCAGGGCCCCAAGAGCUCCCCUUCUCCCCGCAGCCGAGGGCACAGGCCUGGCAGCCCCAGGGUGGGGUCAUCCCUGGGUGGGCAUUGUGCGGAGCUGUGUGGCCCUGACCAGGCCCCUGCCCUCUCUGGCCCUUCUGACUCCCAUUUGUGAAAGGAUGGCUCUGAGGGGGUGUAUGUGUGUCCCUCUGUACAUCCACCCUCCCCGGGGGCUGAGUCAUUUCCUGGGUAGAGGGGCCUUAGCCCUUGUCCCAGACCCACCUCUGCAUCUUCCCUCCAGGGAGGUGGACACGUUCCCCAGGGCUGUCCACCUCACAGAGUGGGCCCUGCAGGAGCCCGGCCCCUCCGCUGGCACCCUGUAGGAGGCCCAGACCCUGCACACGGAGGUCGUCAUUAAAUUUCUGUUGAAUGAAAACACGGAUGACGGUGUCUCCCGUGGGUCUCCCCGGCAAGGCGUGACUCACGGCCCCUGAUGUGAGGGCAGCUGGAGGGCAUCUGGACAGCGGCCGGGAGGCCUGGGAAAGGGCCUGUGAGCCUCCCGCUGGCUCUGGGCCUUGGGAUGUGUCCCGUCCUGGCCAGGCCCUCUGCUGGGAGGUGGGAGCACGGGGGCAGGCCUGCGGGCGCGCAUGUGGCUGGACCUGCUCCUGCCUCCCCUGACCAUGGACAGCGCCUUGCCGGCUCUGCUCCGGCUCGCUUGGCCCUCGCCUGCUGUGAACUCACGCCCCAGACCCCGCAGACCCCUUGCCAGAAACACCUUCUUAGGGAAUUGGUCCUCACCCCAGAACUGCCCAGAACUGAGGGCAGGAGACGAGGGACAGUCAGGAUCCCUAUGGCUCAUAGCAAACCUGGGUGUCAGAGGCCGAGCUGGCAGGGAGGGCAGAGACCCCACGGGACUGGCCUAGGGCACAGCGGGCCCACUGCAAGUCUGCCUGGGCCGGGCGGGCGUGAGGUGGGGCUGCACCACCCAGGUGCUCCCUGGCUCUGAGCCCGCUGCUGGGCUGCGGUCUCCCAGCAGCGGUGCUUCAGCAGGGCCUGCUGUGGGGCAGGGGGCAGGGCAAACAGGUUAAGGGCAGUGGUGGAGGGUCUGUCCCAGCCGCCCUGGUCUCUGCGCCUCAGCACCUGUCUCCUGAGAGACUCUGCCCCCACCUGCUUGGCCACAGCCAGGGAGGGGGCCUCAGCCUAGCACCCCAGUUCGAGUCCCCUCUGGCCAUCUCAGGACGGUGGAGGGUGUGGGGAGGUGGGCAGGGGCCACUGGCCUGGCUGCGUGGCCUCCGGGGGCUCUCAGCAGUCGGCGGUCGUCGCUGGAGGCACAAGGGCUGACCCUCCCCGAGACCCAGUGCAGCCUCGGCCAGGAGUGGGGCGAGGGCGCGGGACAGAGGGAGGAGGGAGGGGCCCCCGCUGCCCCUGACCCCCACUCCCUCCGAGGCCUCUUCGGCUCCAGGGCCGCAUUCCCCAAGUAGCCCCUGGUGAGGGGCAGGUCUGCGAUGGACAGGUCACAUGUGACUGGGACGGAGCAAGGAGGGGCAGCCAGCAGCGGGAGCGGGGGGAAGAGGAAGUGACCUCGGAGCCUGUCCGGCUCAGCCCGACACCGCUGGGUGAUGCCCAGGGUCCUCACGAAGCCUGCUCCCCAGGACCGGGGGGAACCUUACGGGCGGCCGUGGGCCGUGGACGGUGCUGGGGUCUGGCCUGGAUCUGGCUGGCCACGCCCUGCGUGCCCCACGGCCAAGCAGGUCUCAGCAUGGAGAGCUGGGUGCACCAGCCCAGAGCCUGGGGGAUGCGCAGCGCCCCCUGCCCCAGGCCCUACUGGCACCGGAUGCCUGGCCCAUGCAGGUGGGGGGCUACAGGCAGGGGCACGUGGGGCACACUCCCCCACACGGGCCACCUCAGAGAGACAUGCCCCGGGGCCCCAGCUGGACCCGAGUGGCCGGAGUGGAGGUGGCGUCCCGACAGCCCUGGGAGGGUUGGGAGAGGACGGGACAGGACCCUUGGCCUCCCCUCCCACAGGAGGUUCAGGAUUGGGGUGGUCUGCUGGAAGCGGGUCCCAGGAACUUGACCCCUUUGGGAAAGCCCCGGGGAAGGGUCCACCUGGUGAUGCUACAGGAGCAGGUUCCCAGGACCCAGGGAUCAAGGGCAGCAGCUUCUCUGGGCCAGGCCCGAGUGACAGGAGAUAACUGCCUCUCACUCUUUGCUGGCAAGAGGGUCCCAGGUCCUCAGCUUCCCCACAGACACUUCCAACACGCAUCUCCCGAAAUCCCAGGAAGGACUCACGGGGAAGGAGCCGCGAUGUUCCUUCUAAAUGUUUUUAUUAGAGGGUCGGCUGACAAAGAAAAAGAAACGUCAAAGCGGUUUUCUGCUGUAAGCUGAAUACGUUUCCAAACCUCACACGGAAUCAAACUGCACCAGAGAAGAGCAGCAGGGCCGGCUGCUCCCCAACAUCAAGGCGCCCCAGACCUGGUGCCACGCGGCCGCCGAAGCCACAACCUGGUGCCAAGAGGGCAGCUCAGCUGCGGCCCCAACCUGGAGCUGCCAGCAGGGCUUCGCCGUGACGCCCACGCCCACGUCAGCCGCAGCAUCUGUGGCCUUGAUGGCCCGAGGGUCAUGAAGUGACAACCCUGGGCCACCAAUGCACACAGAUGUCAGGUAGGUUUGGGGAACACCGUCACCUGGUGUCCACUUCAGCCCAGUUAAGCACGGCUGCCCCAGGGCCGACAAAGGGCAGCCCCGGCAGUGACCAGAGAGCUGGGUCAGGUAGGUGUCAAGGCAGCCCCGCCAUGUCCUUCGAGGAGGGCUGGCCGGGCCCUGGGGAACCCACGUGGUUGUACAGCAGGCCCGGCGUGUGGGGUGUGGGCCUCACGCGGGUCUGGCUCUGACCGCUACAUGCCUGGGUCCGGGGGGGGGGCUCUCGCACAUGCCUGCCAGCCGCCUGUCAUUUUGACAAAACACAUAAACUGUCCUUUGCAGGCCAAAGACCAUGGAACACGCGUUCACUCAACAAGAAAAAGCUGGCGGGUCAGUUUUUCCUCUGCCGGCUGCUCCUGGAGCAGUGAGGUCAGUGAACUGCCGACUCAGAGCUGGAAAUACCUAGAAUGCCAGAUGCUGAGACCCCCUUGUCUGGCACACGCUCCAUGAUUCCUGGCAUCAAACUCCCCAUGCCUCCUCCAGUCACCGCCACCCCAGUCCUGGAGCAAGCUGACGACGGCUGACCGCCCUGUCUGAGCAUGGAAGCCUGUUUUGCAGUGGGAAACCUGCACACUGACCUCCAGACGCAGGUGUGACACCUCACGGCCCUGGUGCUGGUUUACAGUCGACUGACGCCCCCGCCCUCCCCAAGUCCGGCCAGUGCAGCAGGCGAGUUGGGCCAUCGCUCCCGGAUGCCCUGCCUCCCACCCCCAAAGCAUCCUACAGCAGCAGUAAGAAAAAUGAUUUUGCCAA